AUGCCUGUAAAUGCCCUGCUAGAAGUACACCCGUACAUCCCCAGUCACCAAACACAAAAGUAUUCUACACCAACUUUCAAAAGAAAAACGGCUCUGCAUUCUCGUCCCCAGAGAAUGUCCCCGAGCAAAGAUCGCUCCCGACCUAUAACCCUUGACCGUGUGAAAGUCAGUGCGCCCAAAAACUCCCUCAUCUGGAAGGAUUUUGGCGUUUUUCUUGACAAAAAGUUAGCCUGGCGUCUCGACUCGGAGUUCAACUCCUCCGUGCUUGCCAACGUUCUCUCAGACUCGUCCUAUCUUCUGCAGGUGGUCCAGUUCCAGAUCUGUCUGUCCUGUCUGCGUCCCAUUGGCGAAGACUCGUUGGCCUCCCACUACAGCCGCUGUUUGGAAAUGAAACAGAAGCGUACAGCCGCCGAUGCUGCAAUUUCUGCUGCUACAGGUCCAUCGAAAAGGAAAAGGGGCCGUGCUGCCAAUGCGUUGCUUGACGUUGAACCGUCAUCCAUGGAUCUGUCUCGUGGAACGACGCCUGCCCCCGAUACGCCUGUUUCGGGGUCUCUGGCACCGCAAGGACGGCCAAAAAAGAAAUACAAGAAGUCACAAAUGCAAAAGGAAAAGGAGGCAGCAAAUGCCGCUGCUGCCGCUGCUGCCGCCGCCGAAGCUGCUGCUGCUCGAGCCACUUCGGGAACGAAACGGAAAAAGCAGCCUAAAACGAAAACGCAGACUAAAACAAAAGGGACCCGUGGACGUGGAGCGGCAAUGUGGUGUUCCCUUGCCCCUGGGUGGGUUCUGCGCACGGCUGUUGACGUGUAA